AUGGGAUUUGGUAGAUUCGCUUCUGCCUUUUCUAUUCUAUGGUUAUUAUUCUUCAGGCCUUCGAUUUUUGCCCACGAAUCCUAUACGGAUGAGUCGCUUGUUCUUGCAUUUUUACAGAAAAUGGGCUUAAACCCCUCUCAAGAAAAUAACUCAUUCUGCUUAGGAACAAGAAUAUCUUAUGAUGCCAAUGGAAAACAUAUUAUCACGUUGGAUUUUUCAAAUGUGGGUUUAUCAGGUCAUAUUCCGGAAAGAACCAUUGGGAGGCUUUCAAAGCUCGAAACUCUGAAUCUCAGCAUUAACAAAAUCUCUUCUUUGCCGGGUGAUCUCUGGAGCUUGCGCCGUCUAAAAAAUCUCAAUCUCUCAUUUAACAACAUAUCUGGGUUUAUACCCAAUAAAGUGGGUCAUUUGGUUCAUCUUCAAAGCUUGGACCUUUCUUUCAACCGUUUUCAUGGCAGCAUACCUGAAGCCAUAGGCUCCCUUGUGAAGCUGCAAGCUCUAAAUCUCAGUAACAAUCAACUUGCUUCAGAUAUACCGUCAAAAGUUCUGAAAUGCAAGUCAUUGGCAUAUCUUGAUCUCUCAUCAAACAUUCUCACUGGCCCUCUUCACAAUGGCUUUGGGGCUGCAUUUCGAGAGCUGCAAUUCUUGAACUUGGCUGGAAAUCGCAUUACGGGCCGGGCUUCAGAUUUAGUCGGCCUGAAGUCGAUUCGAGUUUUGAAUAUCUCCGGAAAUAUUUUCAGGGGCUCUGUUGUCGGUGUUUUCGAAGGACUAACUGAGGUGGUUGACCUGAGCAAGAACCGUUUUCAAGGUCUCAUGGGUCAACUGAGAUCAAACUCCACGUUCAACUGGUCGAAUUUGGUGUACUUGGACAUCUCUGAGAAUCAGUUCAGUGGGGUGUUUUCGUCUCGCAUUAGUCUUUUCGCUGUAAAUCUCAAGCAUCUCAACCUCGCACACAACAGAUUCUCCAAGCAGCCAUUCUUGAGAGUUGACAAGCUUUCCAAUUUAGAGUACCUCAAUUUAUCAGGAACAAAUAUGAUUGGUCCUAUUCCCAGUAAUAUCUCAUUUUUAAGAAGCUUGAGACUUCUUGAUUUGUCCCAUAACAAUCUCACCGGCCAAAUUCCUUUCAUUCCCACAGCAAACCUCAAAGUCCUCGACCUUUCUUACAACAACCUAACCGGAAACAUCCCUUAUACUCUCCUCCAAAACCUCCAUAACUUUACGAGGUUCAAUGUCUCUUACAACCAGUUGAACGUCUGCAUCGGCCUCUACAACUCGUCUUUUAUCGGCCUCACUAAAAGCUGUCCUAUAGCAGUCGACUCAUCUUUUUUCCGAAAAAAAUCUCCAAACCACAAAGCUCUGAAGCUGGCUCUCGUCUUAACCGUCUCAUUGUCCUGUCUCGUCUCAGGCCUUCUCCUCGUAGCCUUCGGGCUCCGUUACCAAUCCAAACGAAACCCUAGUAAUAACGAGGAGCAGCAGGCCCAAUCAGGCCCAAUUGCGCCCCAGACAAGUCCUGCCUCGUGGGCCGCUGACUUCAGGCAGGCCCAAUCCUUACCGGUCGUGAUUUUCCACAAGCCGCUGCUCAAUCUCACGUUCGCAGACCUCGUGCAGGCGACUUCCGGCUUCGACCGUCACACGAUGCUGGCCGAGGGCCGGCUGGGGCCCGUUUACGGCGGGCUGCUUCCGGGAGGGCUGCACGUGGCAAUCAAGGUCAUGGCCCGCGGGCCCAAUUCGUCCGACCGGGAGGUCAGUCAAGAGCUCGAGCGUCUCGGCCGAAUCCGGCAUCCCAACCUGGUGCCCCUAGUCGGGUACUGCCUAGCUGGCGAGCGGAGGAUUUUGAUCUACGAGUACAUGGAGAACGGGAAUUUGGAGAGCCUGCUUUACGAUCUGCCUCUAGGGUUCCGGACGAGUGAGGAUUGGAGCAUUGAGGGGUGGGGGUUCAGGUACAGGGUGGCGCUGGGGACGGCACGGGCGCUCGCGUACCUCCACUACGGGUGCUCGCCGGCGAUUGUUCACGGGGACGUGAAGGCGAGCAGCGUGUAUCUCGACUCGGAGCUCGAGCCGAGGGUUUCGGAUUUCGGGCUUGCUGGGAUUUUCAACAGCGGGCCUGAGGAUGAGAAGGGUAAGGGAUAUGCGGGCCCGGAGUUUUUCGGGCCUGGGAGCAGCUCGCCGGUGGAGGGGACCAAAAAAAAGGCGGAUGUUUAUGGGUUUGGGGUUAUUCUUCUGGAGCUGAUGACGGGGAGAAGGCCGGUCGGGGAUGAGUGGAGAGGAGGGGAUUUGGUGAGUUGGGUUAGGGAAUUGGUGCGGAGGAAUGAAGUGUGGCGGGCGAUUGAUGUGAGAAUUAGUGGGACGGAGCAUGACGAGAGAAUGGUUGAGGCGUUGAAGAUUGGAUAUCUGUGUACGGCUGAGAUUCCAUCGAAGCGGCCAUGUAUGCAGCAGGUUGUGGGUUUACUUAAGGAUCUUGAACCGGUUGAACAAUAG